CUUAUGAUAUCAUGAAUCCUGCACCCGUGACCUAUUCCAACUUCAAUGAAUGAAUCCAAUCUAUGCCGACGCAUUUCCAACCGUCUUUUCGAAUCGAACAUAUCAGCCUAUCUCUUGCUUGCCUCCAGAAACACCUAUCGUCUGACCCGUUACGGUCCAGCUCGCAUGAGAACAGAUAACAACGCCCGAUAGCCCUCCCACUUAUCUCAUCCCGGCCCUCCGAGCCUCAUGCUGACUUUCCUCUUCAGCGCGCCUUGACUCCACUUCAUCCCCAGACAACUCUCACACUACGAACAUCAUGGCUAUUGAACUCACCCCGCUUCCUCUCCCAGCUUCUGCAGAUGCUUCUAAAUUCGCAGACUUCGGUAGAGAAGUUAAAGGUCUUAGCCCUGGCUCGCUUACCGCGGAGCAAUUCAAUGAGAUACAGGAGCUGCUUUAUAAGGUCGGUUCAUCGCAUGACGUGCUACUCUUCAGGAACGCAGACCUUACGCCCGAACAGCAGUAUGCUCUCACUAAGGCUUUUGAUCCUACAUCGGAGAACUAUGGACACGGGAACAACAAGACAGGAGAGACGAAGAAAUCCAUUCUUCAUCCCGAUCUCAAGACCAUUCCUCGAGUGCCCCAGGUUCAACUCAUUGGUAACGGCACGGUAUACAACCACGAAGGUCUCGCCGAGGCUAAACUCAAACAUCCUCAUCAUAAGACGUUUCACAAAACCCGAGUCUCCGAUGAGGACGAAGCGAAGGGUGUAACGCGCUUUUAUCGGUGGCAUAUCGAUGCGGCUUUGUAUGACCUCUCUCCGCCGAAGGUGACCACCCUCUACGGCUUAAAUGUACCGAAGGGCGACAGACAGAUCUGUCGAUACGAUGACGGUACCGGAGAUGAACUUGAGGUUCCAUUGGGGACCACGGCUUUCGUGUCCGGUCGGACGAUGUUUGACAUCCUGCCGCCUGAGUUCAAGAGUCUUGCCGUUCGUUCGAAGGUCAGGUAUGCUCCCCAUCCAUAUGUCUGGAUGGCUCCAGCACAUGCCAAGUCUACCGGUCUCGGAAUCGAGACAGAGGGACUGGAGAUGUCUUACGAGGAGCUGCCGCCUUGGGAAGAGUCGAAAGUCAAGACACUCCCACUACUUUGGAAGAACCCUGUCACUGGAGCGCUUCAUUUCCAAGUACACCCUUGUGGUGUAUCAGAGCUCAUUGUUGAUCCUUUACCGGCGGACGUGAAGCGAACUGGUAAUGAGCUAUACCCUGAUGGUGCCGAUAUCAAGGACUUGCAAACAGUUCGGGAUCUUCUUUACAAGAUGCAACGGCCAGCAAUUGCACCGAACCUGGUAUACCCCCAUGACUGGGACGAAAAGGACCUGGUUGUAUUCCACAACCGAGGUGUCCUCCACACUGUCGUAGGUGUCUUCAAGGAGGACCAAGUGCGCGCUUUCCACCAAUGUAACCUUGCUGCUUCCGACGACCCCACCGGUCCUUCUGAGGAAGAUAUCAAGAAGUGGGCUUAAUUGUCUUAAAUACUCGCUCAGCUUCAGAUCGAGCAAUUAUGGAAUUAUGGAUGGAUUGUAUCGCCAGACUGUACGGAUUGUAUGGAUAUGGAAAAACUGUAUGCGUAUCAUUAUGGUCAUUUUGUACAUACCUACCAUGUAGCAGUAUUCCCAUCAUAUGCUUUCAAUGUACACGUAGUCGUCGUGCUUGACAGU